CACAAUAUUUCCAAAUUGCAUUUUCCCAACCAUGGCCGAGAACUCCAAAUCCCUCCUCAUGUCCUUAACUAUUCUCUUCUUCAUAACCAUGGUCACUUCAAAAUCACCAAACUUCUCUCAAAACCCAUCUCUACAAGCACUUGGCCUCAACAAGCAAGAGAAGCUAAGCCACCUCCACUUCUACUUCCAUGACAUUGUCAGCGGUCCAAACCCUACUGCCAUUUGGGUUGCCCAAACACCCACAUCCAAAAAAUCCCCAACCCUAUUUGGCUCCAUAGCCAUGUUUGAUGACCCAUUAACCGUGGGCCCCGAAAAAAGCUCCAAGCUUGUGGGAAGAGCACAAGGGAUUUAUGGGUCUGCUUCACAAAGUGAGGAUGCUUUGUUGAUGACCAUGAACUUGGCUUUUGUUGAAGGUAAGUUUAAUGGGAGCAGCCUUAGUGUUUUUGGUCGAAACGCGGUGGUUGAAGCUGUGAGAGAGAUGUCAAUUGUUGGUGGAAGUGGGGUUUUUCGGUUUGCUCGUGGCUAUGUUCAGGCAAGGACUCUCAAGUUCAAUGCAACAAGUGGAGAUGCUCUUGUUGAAUAUGAUGUGUUUGUUUUCCACUAUUGACUUUUUGUUUGCUGCUUUGCUUUGUUUUC